AUGUCCACGUCAGUUUUCGUUUCAGGUGCCACUGGGUACAUUGCUCAACACGUAGUUAAGCAACUUAUCGCUAAGGGAUACAAGGUUGUAGGUACUGUCAGAUCUGCUGCUAAGGGUGAUAAUUUGAAGGCAAACUUGAACUCUGAGAAUUUUUCAUAUGAAAUUGUUGAAGACAUCGCUGUGAAGGGUGCUUUCGAUGAAGCAUUGAAGGCUCACCCAGAGGUUACAGUUUUCUUACAUACUGCCUCUCCAUUCCACUUUAAUGUCGUUGACGUUGAAAAGGAUUUAUUGUUGCCAGCAGUUGAAGGUACCAAGAAUGCCUUGUCAGCUGUGAAGUCUUUUGGCCCACAGAUUGAAAAAGUCGUUGUUACCUCAUCUUAUGCAGCAAUUCUCACUAUGGAAAAGCAAACUAAAGACUACACUUACUCUGAAGAAGAUUGGAAUGAAAUCACCUGGGAGCAAGCAAAGGCAAAUCCAAUUGCCGGUUACGUUGGUUCUAAGUCUUUCGCUGAAAAGGCUGCCUGGGAUUUCGUCAAGUCUGAAAAGCCACAUUUCAUCUUAUCCACUGUUAACCCAGUGUAUGUUUUCGGACCACAAGCUUUUGAUUCUGAAGUUGCAGGUACUUUGAACACCUCAGCCGAAAUCAUAAAUGCUGUUCUCAAGUUGAGCCCAGACUCUGAAGUUCCAUCCACUUCUGGGUUUUACAUUGACGUUAGAGAUGUCGCUGAAGCCCAUUUAGUUGCAUUUGAAAACAAGGAUGCUCAAGAACAAAGAUUAUUACUUGCUGAUGGUAAGUUUGCAUCUCAAGAUAUUUUAGAUAUAGUAAAUGAAAAUUUUGUCAAGGACGUUGCAGGUAAGAUUCCAGUUGGUAAACCAAACUCUGGAUCUGAAAUUACUUCUGCAUCUGCUGCAAUCAACAACGAGAAAACCAAAAAGCUUAUUGGGCACCCAUUUAUUGGAUUAAAAGAAACUGUCGUUGACACCAUUCAACAGAUCUUAAAUGUGAACGGUAAAUUGUAA